AUGUCUACCGCAACAGCAACCACCUUUGAAGAACAACCUUCCACAAGUACUACUUCCGUGUUGAUGAAUCCAGAAGGAACAGAAGAAAAUCUUGUCGUUAAUGAUGAUGAAAACAUUGACGUCGAAGAAGCAGUGAGAGAAGAAUUUGCAACUUCACUCUCCGUGAAUUCUCUCAAUCAAUUACAAACUCAAUCCCAUCAAUUGACAGAUGUUCAACAAGGAAUUUUAGAGAAAUUCAAAGAAAUGGUGAAUGCAGAACGUUCGAAAAUGACCAAAUUACAAAUUUAUUAUUGUUUUCAUGAUGAACCUAAAACCAUGAUUCGAUACUUGAAAGCCAGAGAUUGGGAUCUCAAUAAUUCCUUCAAAUUACUCAAAUCUUCACUCACUUGGAUUGAAUCCCCUUACAAACCCUAUCAUUUGAGUGCCAAACAAUUGUGGUAUGAGGCAAGUGCUGCUAAAAUUUAUAUUCGUGGUUUUGAUAAGGCCAAUCGUCCCAUUGUUUAUCUUCAUGCUGGACGUGAUUUAACCAAAGAUCCUGUCGUUGGUUUGUAUCUCCUUGUGUACACUUUGAUUGCAGCCACCUAUCGAGUGGUUGGAGAGGAUGAUGAUGACAAUCGUUGCCAACAAAUUACUUGGGUUUGUGAUUUUAGAGACUACACGACAAAGUCUGCUCCUCCAUUGAGUGUGUGCAAACAAGCAGUUGAAAUUUUGGGUUCUCACUUUCCUGAACGAUUGGGCCUUUGUUUGAUGGUUCAUGCUCCUAAAGUCUUUCAUUGGUUUUACAAAAUUAUUUCUCCUUUCAUUCCUCCAGUCACGAAACAGAAAAUUCAAUUUUGUAAAGGAACAAAACAUGCAGAAUUGAGAGCUUUUAUGGAACCUUUUAUUGAUGUUUCUCAAUUGGAUAAGAGUUAUGGAGGUGAUAAGGAUAUUAUUUAUAAUCAUGAAGAACAAUGGAGAGAGGAAAUGGAAUGGGAUAAAAAGAGAAUUAUCAAAAUGAAGGAACAUGGAGCUCUUAGUGAACAAGAGGCAGAUCAAUUAUUGAAUGAACCAGUGGUGAAUUCAAUGGAUAAGCAUGUCAAGCUCUUUAAGAAUAGAAAACAUUAA